AUGAGCACGCCGACGUUGUUUUCAAUCCCGCCUCCCGAUGCCCACGACGUGGCUGCGAGGCUCCAAGACGAGCUGCGGCGCCGGCAAGAAGCCACCCCCGAAGCCGUCUUCGGCGACAGAACCCCCGAGCAGUCGUACAAUUGGCUUUGCGAGCUCGAGCAUCGCAAGAUGACGCCCCGGCAGGUCGACGGCUUUCGCGCCACCAUACACCACGCCGAUUACCGGCGGCACGAGGCUCUCCAUCUCAAGGACGCCCUAUUCCAUGCCAUGUGGCAGAGGCUCUGCGACCAGCACGCGGCAGAUGGGUUGCAAGUCCUUCGCCACAUCUCGGCUGCUCGCGACCACCAGAUCUACGAGCAGCUCCGCUCCCAGGCGACAGACACACAGGUCAUGUCCAGCUCGCCCGAGAGCCAGCGCGCGCAGCCAUCGCGCGCCCCGAAGCGUGCCCUACGCCGCCAGCCUCGUUCCAUGGCGGAACCCCGCCGGAGCAAGAGGCUGCGGGACUCGGCGUCAAAGUGCAAAAGCCUGACUCUGGCCGACGUGUCUUGCGUCCCUCCAAACAAGAGACUCAAUGACGGCAAAUCCACCUCGCCCCGGCACCCAUCGCCUCCACCACACGGCAAAGCAUCUUUCGACACAGCUAAUCCACGUAGCGACCUGCUGUGGCAUCGCACCACCUCGUCCCAGUGGCUGAUUAUGGAGUGGAUGCCGCUCGAUCUUCGUUCUGUAUCGCUCAAUGUUGACGAUAUCCCCAUUAUUUUGCAGCAAGUCGGCUCGGGUCUGGCAUUCAUGCACGCCAACAGCUUCACGCACCGUGACAUGAAGCCCGAGAAUAUUCUUGUCUACCAGCACGUGGGAGGCUUCUCGGCCAAGAUUGCCGACGUCGGCUUAUCCAAGUACAAUGUCCGCGGCAAGAUGCUGGGCUACGCCGGGUCGAUCGUCUAUAUGGCUCCCGAAUUUUGGGAGUCGGAGCGCGGAUACACCAGUGCUGUCGACAUGUGGUCCUUUGGCAUCAUCGCCCUCGAACUUUUAACGGCAUGGGAAUCCAUGUUGGAGGGGACGAAUGCCACCAUGCAACCAAGCAAGUCAUGGAACCAAGAUUGGAUUCGCAUUUCGGUCAUGCCUCGCGUUGGCUUAGCGCCAGCGGCGUGCAAGCCCUUGCUCCGCAACCUAUUAUGCGAGGCUCCCGAGGAGAGAUGGACGGCUCCCAUGUGCGACAACUGGCUGCAGAAACAUGCGUUGGACGUCAACAACAGCCAAGUAGAUGACUAUGGAUAUCGAGAGCAAUCUGAUUCCGUGGGCGUUGACGACUCCGACAACGCUCUAAUCAGGCGGCUUCUCUUGCUCUUCUUCCUGCAGUUCUGA